AACUAGUGGUGCGUAGAGCUAGUGUAAGAGAACUGUACGUGAGGUCUAACGCGGCGAUUCGAAACCUUGGGAGUCAGUACUGAGUUUAUAUCGCGUACAUCGCGCGCACAUACAAGCGAGAGAGAGAGAGAGAGAAAAAAUGUUGAGCCUGGAGUCUGGCACUUUUCUCUGAUGUUGUUUAAUUUCAUGUUCUCUUUGAUUCUAGUGAUUAUUAUAAAGUACAGUCAAUGUAGAUCUUUAGAAAUAAGGGGAAAAAAAAAGUGAAGUUUGUUCCGCAAGAGGAGUUCAGUAAAGUUUUGUGAAGUUCUAUGUUCUACUCAUUCUUUCGGGAAUUGGAUUUUUGUUGUUUUCGUCUGCUGAAGAACCUGUUUGUUUUGGAUGUACCUGUUUUCAGAAGGUCACAGAUUUCGCAGAUUAGAAUCUGAUUGGAAUAAUCAAUUUCAAACAGACGACUAUAGAAGGGGAGAUAAGUUUUGAAUUUUCUUCCUUAAUUAUUGUUUUGCCAUUGCCCUUUUUUUUUUUCGGAUAUAUUUUUUUCCUGGUAUUAAGUGUUUCUUCGUAUGGAUUUAUGAACCUCAAUAAUUCUGUUGGAUUACUGCCCUUGGAUUUAACAGUGAAUUUCGUUGGAUUACUUAGUGUGAAUAACGUGUUCUAUAACUGAGACCAACAGAACACCGGCUGUUCUGCUUGCUUUGAAAGAAUUUGGUGAAAGAAGAAAGAGCUUUCACCAUGAUUGGAGUACGAAAAAUUCUCGAGGUCUUCUUCGUGAUUUCCUUGUGCGUCGGCUUGUCGUUUGAGUCCGACAACAGCACGGAGACGACCGACAGCAACUCGGCCAAGACCGGAAAACCCCGAAAGAAGAGGCGGGGCUGCAAAUGUGUCCAGCGCUACAUGUCCGAAGUGGACAAGCUGAUCGAGACAAAAUUAAAGGAGUUCAAGGACACAUACCUGGUGCCCAGCUUAAACGACAAGAAAGAAGCGGAGGCUCAGCGCAUGCGCGACGCCCUGCUCCGACUAAGCGGGGACGUUGCAGAAACGAAGAACACGCUCAGGACAAUGACCUCCAGCAUGGAGUCGGUCCUGGAGGAGCUCAACUCCACGCAAAAGGAGAACUCCAAGCUGAAUAAGCAGCUGAACCGCAUCAGCGGAGCCGUGGCCAACUUGACCAAGUAUGUGGAUACCAUGCAGAACCGUUUGGUGACCCGCUCCACCAACGACUUUACCAUCAAUGAGAUUGUUCCUGAGCAGGAAACGAGCACGGCGCCCAAACCUGUACCAACGCAAUGCCAGGAUGUCUUCGAACAGGGAGCCAUGAGAUUCCGGGGAGACUACUACAUCAUGAUCAAACCAGCAGGGGCAACUCAUGCCUUCAAAGCUCUGUGUAAGAUGGUCAACAACUCAGGCUGGACUGUGAUACAGAAAAGACAAGAUGGUUCAGUGGACUUCUUCAGGACAUGGGAUGAGUACAGACACGGAUUUGGCAGCCUGGAGGGCGAGUUUUGGUUAGGGAAUGACAACAUACAUUACCUGACCUCACAGGAGGACACCAUGCUGCGAAUUGAAAUGGAAGAGUGGAGCGGCAAGAAGUACUACGCAGUGUACAACUACUUCCGGGUCGACGGCCUGAAGCACAACUACAGGCUGCACAUUUCUGGUUACCACGGAAACGCCGGCGACGCCAUGACGUCGCCCUGGGAGACGCACGACAACAUGCCCUUCAGCACGAAAGAUCAGGAUAACGACGGGAGGUUCUACGACUCAUGCGCUGAGCACUACAAAGGCGGCUGGUGGUUCAACAACUGCUUCGAGGCCCACCUGAACGGCAAGUACUAUCACAAGGGCUUCCACAAGCACUACUUCCAGCGAGACGGCAUCCAGUGGAACACCAUCCAUAUGUACUCCUCCCUGAAGGCUGUGCAGAUGAUGGUCAAGCCUGCCGAGAACCCGAGGAACGCUGCCUCCAACGAGCUGUCCAGCAACAUCUAACCAUGAAAGCUCCCCCCACACAAAAGGCUUUCUACCAGCUUAAGUGCAGCAACCACGACAAGUUGACACUGACAUGUCUUUUAUGUGCUUUAUUUCUUUCUCUUAAAAAAUCCAUGUUCCAUUUAGAUGAAUGCAUACGAGUCAUAUGUCAUAGAAACAGUUUUGAAUUUUGCCAUCGAUGUCUUCGAGAAAGAAGAACGACAAGGAACUAUUGAAAUCUGUUGUGUGAAUUGAAGAGCUACUAUUUCUUUGGAGGUUGUAGGAAUGCUAGAUUUAUGUUCUCAGCAAAUCUGAAAGAGAUUUUGGAAAUGGUAGAGUUUUCAAGUAUUUGGCGAGGGACUUUGGUACUGGAGAGUUUAACAAGUACAUUUUUGUGUGAUAUUGGUAUGUGACUUCCUAAUGACUUGUGAUGAUGUGUUUUAAAACUUUAAGAAACCUUCGAACUUGCUGGUUAGAUAAGUUUUGUGGUGUUCCAUUGAAGAGAUGAAUUAAUCGGAAUUUCCCGAUGAGAAGCCAUCAAUAGAACAAAGAGGAAACGGAUGGCGUGUGUGUGGAUAAAAAUAGAGCCUGGAUUUCUGAGCUUUUUUGUAAGAGAACAAUAUAAAAGUUAUAACCAAUGGACACAAUUGGUGGCAAUGGAAUCAACAUAACUAUUUCUUUACGACUAUAUAUAAUGGCUUGUUGCUCAUUGAUUAUCGAUUAGAUGGCCAUAAUGACUUCAUUAAAGAACCUUUAUUGAAUAGUUAAGUAAGAUAAUAUUAUAUAAGUAACAUCACAAACAAAUUAGUCAGAUUUUUCUAUGUUUUGUGACAAAUAACUAAGUAACAGGAAAAACACACAUUUAUUCCUUUGGAAAUAUUCUUAUUGUAUGCAACAAUCAAAUGCAUGCUAUGUGUGUAACCGUCAGGCAUUAUUUAAAGAAUAAUUGUUACUGAAUUACAAUAAUAUAUAUAUAUGAAAGUAAAGAGAAGUAUAUUCUUGAAAUAGAUAACAAACAAAAUGGACAAAUUAUUGCAUGGAAUUCUCAUGAGCUGCAUUGCUAAUUACUUGUUGUUUUAAUUCAUCAGUAUUAAAAUCAACUGUGUUUUGAUUCGUGUCUUAUUGUUCAUGGCAAUCACCUCAUCAAUUGAAAACAAAUCCUAUUUUCUAAACAUUCAUUCUGGAUUGUUUAUUAUCCUUUAAUGAUUAGCAGGAAAAGAUUUCAAAAUCUAAAAAAAAUUAAGGCAUUAUUUAAAAUUAUAAUUGAACUAUUAGAAGAUACUAGGAAACCAAUGCCUUGUCAAAGGUCCAGGCAUUUGUUUAAUAAUGAUAUUAAGUUUUUUUCACAGUGAACUAUAAAGAGGUACCUUAGCCUAUUCAGACUAGAUUUAGAUACCAGUAACACUUUUAUAGAUUUUGAAAAUAGAGGGGAAAUAAUCCAGAUCUAAUCUUGUGGUGUAUCCGUUGUACAAGGCACCUCUGAUACCUUCCCCUUGUAAAAAGUUUUUUUUUUUUAAUUUAAUUCUGCAUUUAUUAGCAUCACUAAAUUCACUUUGAGGAUCUUCCAUCAGUAGCUUCCAAUUUUCGCUAUUUAGUUGACUAUAGUGAUCUUCAAUAAAGCAUCUUGAACAUUUUUUGUUGUACUUACUCAUUUUAAUGUCUCAGCCAGUCUUCCUCUCAAUAUUUUUACUAGGCUAUGUUUUCCUAUUACUCUUUUAUGUCAGUGAAUUUCUUCAUUCAUCUUAUCUCUCUAUGUAUUGCUUAAAAAAAAAACAUUUUUAAAAAAUAUAAACCAGAUAUUAAACAUGAAAAAUGUAGACAAUGUGUAGAUUUUGAAAAUUCCCCCAAGACAGCUGAAUUGUUAACAGAGAGAAAUGUUUUUAUUAGUCUUGAUGUACAGUAUCUUCUGGAGUGAUGAAGACAUUAGACCGGCUAUUUGCAUUUUGUACAAAUCUGAUCAAUUUCUUUGUUUAUUUAGCCUUAUUUAAAUCACCAUCACUUUACACAUAAUGUAAAGUCGUUUUUUUGUUUGUUUGUUUAAUGAAUAUAAACGCAUAGUAUUACCUCAUCUUAUAUCUCUUCUUGUUUUUCUAAAUUGCUGUCAAAGUUUAAUGUUCUUUGUGUGACACUAUCCUCUAGACAUCAAAUCUCAGCAGCCCCCACACUGGAGGUUGAUGUUGACUUGUACAGUUAAUGUUUUACUUAUUCCUCCAUAAUAGACUAACUGUGCUAUACACGGUCUUAGAAAACCUAAGAUACACAGCUCCGACUUUUUUCCUGGUCAAUUCUUAGUAUCAAUGCACUGUGUUAAAGGGAUUUAACUCAACCCGUAGCCUAAAUCUGUGAAAAGCUUCGUGCCAGAAAUGAGCUGAUUUACUUUUUAAUUAUGGAGAACAAGUCUUAGUUAAAUGUAGCUCUAGUCUCUUGGGGCAGUAGUUAUGUGACCUAAGUCUGGAAACUAUGAUCUUGAAAGAGAUCAAAGAAGAUAUUGUAGUUAGGAUACGACAGUGAUGCUCAAAGUGCGGCCCAAGAGGCCUAUGCUGCCUGUUAAGCGCUUCUAAUCAGCCCCAUGAUACAUCUUCCCAGAUUGCAUAAUGAAGCCUCGUUUUGAAACUCCUGCCCAUAAUUCAAAAUGAAGCCUCAUUUUGAAACUCUUGCUCAGAAUACAUAAUGAAGCUUCGAUUUGAAACUCAUGUUCAGAGCGCAUAAUAAAGUCUCGUUUUGAAACUCCUGCCCAUAAUGCACAAUGAAGCCUUGUUUCAAAACUCCUUCAUUCAAUACAUAAUGAAGCCUCGUUUUUAAGACGACGAUUUUUGGUGGUGAUAAGGCCAACGCUUGGUGUGUCCUUGACGUGCAUGACCGCCAGUUUGAAACCUGUUGAGCACCACUGAGAUGUACUUAUGUCAUAUUUGUUUAUAUCUUUUUAAAAGGGGCUUAUGGACACCAAAAGGACUUAAGUGUUCCGUCACUGACCUUCACACUUACAGACAUGAUCUUGUUCAUACCUUUUUCUUUGUGUGUUUAAUUUUAUUGUGCGUGUCGUUUUUUUUUUAAUCGACUCUGGUUCACGAUGAUGCUUGUCUAUGGAGUAAAUAUUUGACUUAAGCCUUAUUAUAGUUUUUCUAUGUUGAUAUGUAAUUACUGAGUGUAAAUAUAAUAUAUAUGUCACUGUUAUAUUAUUAUAUUUAGCUACACUAAAGGGCUCACGUCAAGUAAUUGAUAUAUAUAUAUAUAAUCUCUGAUGUAUCUUUAUUUUGUGUGUGUGUUUUUGUAAGCCUAGCUAAAAGGCACCUAACAGUCCGUUAGCAGUGUCAGUUGUUGUUUUUUUCCUGAGUGUUCUUGUAUUACAAUUGGCUUACUAAUAACACUAAAUAUUAAUCUUUGGUUAAAGACAUCUUUAUUAUUAUGAUUAUUAUUAUUGAUCUUUCUGUAUAAUUUAAACAUGUUUCUCUCUUCCUUUUUAAAAAAAAAUUUACUGUAGAUCCUUUUAUGUACAACUCCAUUUUUCUUUCUUUUCCCAUCUUGUAUACUGUACUGCUUCCUAUUGUUCUAAUGGUAGAAUGUGUAGAUAAAGAUUCUUUAAUUUCUAUCAGUUGAUUUGUUUAUUCGGUGUCAAAAAUCAUAGUUCAACAUUACGUCAUUAUAAUAAAUCAAAAACAAUUUUUGGACAAUAAUUACUUUUUUUUUAAUAUGGGGAGUGUUUGGUUUGUUCCACAUAAUUUAAUUUUUUUAUAUAAUAUUUCAGGUUUAUACAUAUUUAAUACAUAAAAACAAAUAAUUGAUAGUGUAGUGUAAUAAAAACAAUAUUUUAUUCUAAUUAUUAUCUUAAAAUUAAUUUUUGGUUUAUGUCUUUAAUUCAUUUAAAUAGUUCCGAAUAACAUUAUAGAAAAAUGUACUUUUUUUUCAAUAUCAUAAAUUUCUUUCCCUCUUAAGUCACGAGGUUUGAACUCAACCUAAAUAUUUCUUUGUUGGACAAAACGUCAUCCAAUUUGACUUAACGGUGAACUGGUCGUGCGGUGUAUUGGACUGUAUUUCGAAUGGUCUCAAUGGUCCAGGGGGUUCAUAUCCUACUCGCUGCCAUCUCCAGUCAUCCCUCUGAAGGUUUGGGCUAGGAUGAAAUUAUCAUCAAAUCUGAAGGAACAUCCGAAACGUUUGACAGACAGUUAGUCCUGAGACCCAUGAGAACAUUUGUGCACACGAUCACAUAGACCCAUGAGAACAUUUGUGCACACGAUCACAUAGACCCAUUAGAACAUUUGUGCACACGAUCACAUAGACCCAUGAGAACAUUUGUGCACACGAUCACAUAGACCCAUGAGAACAUUUGUGCACACGAUCACAUGCUGACUUUAAAAAGCAUGUGCACCUUUACGGCUUAAUACCAAAAAAGGCACGAGCGUAGCUGGUUGUAAAGGCUGUUAGCAUUACUCCCCCCUUUCCCCAUCAUGUAGCACUAAAGUUCUACCUUUCUUCCCCCUUUUUUAAGCACUAACAAAGAGGGUUUUUAUAAACAACAAGUCAAUCUAACAACCCAUAUAGGGUUGUAAGAAGGUGGAUUGGGACAUGUUUCUUUUCUCAGCACAUAAUGUCCGAAUCGAACCCUUACUUUACGUUUCCUAGGUGAAAGGAACAACUGUGAUAUAACAAAUAUCCUAAACGUGGUUGUUAAGGGGCAAUUACUCCAGUGAAAUUACAGACUCCCAACUCCCUCCAACCUUCAAGAACAAGGGAGUUGAUAAAAGUUCAUACCGUGAACAGAAUAUCAGCUUUUUGAUAACAAUAUGGCAUCAAGAGGAAAUAUCUUUCUUUUCAUGAUAUAGAUGAGAGUCUAAAGAAACUAAUAAAGGUCAAACACUUGAGUCAAUAGUAUCAUGUCCAAGACAACUAUUUGCUAUUUGAAAGUUUGGAUGUAAAGCGUCAACCUAAGGAGAGCCAGGAACCAUCAAGCCAGGGAUCCUCACUCUGCUCCUAACUAAAUACACAAUUGACGAAGUGUGAGUAAAAGUUUGUAGAGUAGCCUUUCAGCUGGACGGGACUCUGUCGUAAUUACUGCUGUCAGUGACCACAAGAGACAUACAGAUACAACCAAAGGCUUAGGACUCCAAACAUUUUCAGUUCAGUUAUCCCAGUUUAGCAAAAGCGUAAGUUUUUCCAUAGGGAAAAUUUGGAAGAGUCCAGCGUAAAUGUAGCGCUUCUCUUCCGUAUCACGAAGCGAUUAUUGGUCGUUCAAUUACUAAUAAUUAUAAAUGCGAUUGUAAACAAAACAAAAAUUAGAGCGGACGGGAAUGAAAAGCGUUCGGUAACCAUGUAAACACAAAAUUUUGCUUGUUUAUUUUCCUUGUCCUAAUCUUAGCUACAUUGUGGUCGUAUUUUUCCUCCUGUCUUCUUUUAUGAUUAUGCAUGUUUUCUCCAAUUUAAUGUUUUAAUACUACAAUGUGUUUGGUCAGGAAAUAUAGGAAAUUGCUUUAGAAAUAAAGGUUUCUUGUUUUUCGGUGUUUAUAAAAAGUAAGGUCUAUAUGAAUGAAACGAUUUAAUGUAUUUUCUGUUGUGACAGUUUAAUGAAAUAGGAAAUCUACUCACAAACUGUCAUUUAAAUACAUCCAUACUGCAUGUAGAUAUACAAUUUCUAGUAAGAUUGUCAACUAGUGUAGAUUAGUCGCAAUGUCUCAUGAUAAUAACUGGAUUUUAAUCAGGGGAGUUAAUCAAAAAUUAAACAAAAAAUAUCUUACAAAUAGA